GAGUGGAAACGGGUAGAAGUCGGCAAAUGUCGCAGUUUUAUUUUUCGCAUUUUCAAUUUGUCAAUAACAAAAUAGCGCAAAAGGCGGAUGGAAAUAGGCUAUUUGACACUUGUGGGAUGAACUCAUAAAGCUUUUUCUGAUUCUGAUUUUAAAGUCAAAUUCAGUCAGACAGGCAUGUCCGGGCAAGCCUAUGUUGCGUGUGGAACUGUUGUUUAGACAUGGCUUAAAACAUCAAACAUCAAGAUCAGUCGUGGAAUAAUUACAUAUUGCCAUCAUUGUUACAGCGAUUGCAGAAAGCGUUCAAAGAUGAGAAGAAAAUCUGUCCAACCCAGUCUUUCUUCAGUUUAAGAUGUUCUUCAGGCAAAAGAGUAUAAAGUUAUAUUUCCAAGAUGCCGCCACGCAUCGAUGAUGUGAUGAAUCUAUGUUGCAAAUUAUCUGCAAAUCAACAAAUAAAGACAGCAGUGAAGCAGUCUGGAAAGGGGGCAGCAGCAGCUGGUGGAUUGGCUUUUGCAGGAGGAUUAAUAGGGGGUCCUCUGGGAAUUGCAGUAGGUGGGGCUGUUGGAGGUCUGCUUGGAUACUGGAUGACAAGUGGACAAUUUAAACCUCUUCCCCAAGUUAUAAUGGAACUGACUCCAGAUCAGCAGCGCAGGCUUUAUGAGGAUGUUAUGGGCAUCAUAGGCUCAAUAACAUGGACUGAUGUAGCACAGCUGACUGCACUUGUAAUGGGAAACGCCACACUCCAGCAACAGGUGACAGCUACCCUUCUUGGCUAUAUUCAAAAGGAGUUUCAAGCUGCGGUACACUAUGUGGACUGACACCUUUUAUGCCAGAAUUUCAAAAUCUUAUAAUCAAAGGCAAUACAGGUUGUUAAUUUAAUACUUGAGGGCAGCAAUUGAAGUUGGCAGAUGAAAAUGUUUUUAAUUUAUAUAUGGUAUAUAUAAAUCUGACAAAAACUGUAUAUUUUUCUUGAAGGCAAUUUCCUGGGAUAAUGUGUGGUUUUUUUUUAGGACAUAUCAGUAAUAACUAUAGUAUAAGAUGAUGGUUUGGGGUGUAGCUCUUAACGGAUAAUGCAGUUUACAGUUUUAACAUGUGUGAAUAUGAUAUUGUCGAAUGCUGAUAAUGUAUUGUUUUUGCUCCAA